AUGAUAUCAUCAUGUCAUAGGUUCUUCAGAUCUAACAAAGAAAUCUAUAGUUUUGCUGUAGCCAAUCAAACAAGAUAUGUAAUAACUCAAAUUUAUAUUUAGAGUUCUCCUUAACUCCAAUAUUUUUAAAGUCUAAGAAUUCACAAAGACAAAUCUAUACCUUCAAUUUUAAAUAAUUUAUUGAUUAAUCAGAUGUUGUAAUAUGAUUGGGUUGUAGAUUAAGGUCCUAAACUUAUUGAUUUACUUUAUUCUAUAUGUGGUACAAGAAUAACCAAUUUUCUAAUAAAUAAUACUAUUGGAAAGGUGUUUACAGCAGGAGAGAACCUUGAAAGUGUUGAAAGAUACCUAUCUUAAUCAAAUUCAAGUAAUAUAAGUGUAUUUACAAUUUUCAGAAAUUUCCUAUAUUAUGGAUUACUGUUCUGAAGCACUUGAGGGAAUAGAGGAUUACGAGAAAUUUUAUGAUGAGAAUAGUUCUAUAUUUAGAUAAACUAUUUUGGAGUGUGCCAAGAAUUCAGAGAAGAAAAACAUGAUUGCAAUCAAAGUUUCGAGCUUAAUUGACCUGAAUUUACUGAAGAAAAUCAAUCAAGCAAGAUUAAACAUUUUUGAAAUGUUCUAUAAAAUUAGUUAAGGAAAAUAAACGAUCACAAUUUAAUAGGUUCCCAAUAUAUUGAGUAUUUUAGGUCUUUUAGUAUCUGAAAAAGGAAGGAAUAAAUUUGAAUGAAAAUGAAUAAAAAUAAUUUAUUAUUGGAGUAUUAAAAUAAACUUACAAUGAAAUGGAAAUUGAUGAAAUUACAUGGAGAUAUAGAGUGCAACCCUUAUUCAUGUUUGAAGCAGAUUUAAAUAAUAAUCCAGCCAUUAAAUAUUUUAAUAAUCUAAACUAAAAAGACAUCUUUUUAUUUGAAUAAUUCAUUGAGAGAGUCAAAUACUUCAUGGAUCCAGCUUUGAACAAUAAAGUUUGUGUAAUGGUUGAUGCUGAAUAAACUUAUUUAUAAUGGGCGAUAGAUAGUUUUAGUGAAUAGAUGGAAGCACAUUAUAAUUAAAAUUAUACCUUAGUUUACAACACAUUCUAAAAUUACUUAAAGUCAACUAAACAGAGAAUGGAUUAUGAAAUUGAAAAAGCUGAGAAAUUUAGAUUAAAUAUUGGGAUCAAAAUGGUAAGAGGUGCAUAUAUGGUGGAGGAAUCUAAAUUGGCAAAGCAAUACAAUAAAGAAAAUCCAAUUAAUAAUGGAUAUUAAGACACUACUACUAUGAUAGAAAGAAACUUAGAAAUAUUAAUCAAAAAUAUUCAUAAAUCUCCUACUAAAGUCUUUGUGGCUAGUCAUAAUGAAUAAACAAUAGAUUUUGUAAAGGACAUUAUGCAUAGAUAUUCCAUUCCUAAUUAAGGAGGUAUAUUUUUUAUUAACCUUUAUAAUAGAUGUGCUAUUUGCUUAAUUAUAUGGAUUGUCUGAUCAUGUCACUUAUUAAUUGGCUAGUGAAGUAUGAAUUUAUAUAAAUAAUUUAGGGAUAUAAAAUAUAUAAAUAUGUACCUUUUGGAAAAACUGAGAUAAUGAUUCCUUACUUAAUGAGAAGAGCAUAAGAAACUAAGAAGGUACUAUAAUCUAGUUCUUUGCAAACACUCUUGUUGAUUGAUGAAUUAAAAUAUAGAUUUUAUUUUAAAUGA